CAGCUAUUUGAUUAAAUGAAUAAUAUUAAUUCAAACUUUGUAAUUUUAUCAGACUUUAUUCCAGAUGCUAAGAUGAGUAUUAAAGAGGUUUUAUUACCCCCUGGUUCUGAGGAUGAUACCAAGGUUGUGAUGAGAGACCUUGAGGCUGUCCUGCCCUCUGUAGAGAAUGAUGAAGAAGAACUAUGCGAAGGUCCUUUAUCGUCUGCGGAGAAGGGUAGAAAGAUAUCUUCUAUUACGGAGCUAACUCAGGAAGAACUGGGUGAUACUUUAAGUUCUGGAACGGACGAGGACGGAGAAAUGUUCCAAGAUGCGAGGGAUAAAGUGAGUCCCUGCAGCUCAAACUCUGAUACUGAAUGGAGGGACCAAGACAAGCAUCUGUUUGUGUUGAGCGAGGCAGGAAAACCUAUUUAUACACUUCACGGAGACGAAGAUAUCAUGGUCUCAUUGUUUGGAGUUAUGCAGGCCCUUGUAUCCUAUGUAGCCGACUCCGGAGAUUCUAUUAGAUCUAUUCGAACCUCAGAUACAACAAUUGUCUUCUUAAACAAACCCUCUCUUAUCCUGGUUGCAGUGAGUAGAACCGGGCUCUCCGCCCAGCAGCUGACCGUUCAACUAACCUACAUGUACAACCAGAUCCUUUCCGUUCUAACCCUUACCCAGCUCACAAGAAUAUUUGAGCAGAGAAGAAACUACGAUCUCCGCCGCAUGAUAAGUGGGUCAGAGAGGUUGAUGCAUCAUUUAUCUGCUAGUAUGGAUACAGAUCCGUCCUUCUUCCUCUCCUCGGUCCGAUGUUUAGAACUAGCUCCGGCAGUAAGAGAUGUAGUCUCCGAGUCCCUCAUCAGAUACUGUGGUAAGAUGAAGAACGUAGUGUUUGGUAUAGUAGUUGCUGGGAACCAGCUGAUAACCCUGGUUAGGAUGAAGAAGUAUUGUAUCCAUCCUGCUGAUCUGCAUCUUCUCUUUAACCUGAUCAACGCUACGGAGUCUUUCAAGGAUUCUGAGAGCUGGACACCCAUCUGUUUACCUAAGUUUGAUUCUAGUGGAUUUUUACACUCUCAUGUUUCCUACAUUAGCCAGGACGUGUGUUUAAUGUUGAUUACUGUAGAUAGAAAUGCUUUUUUUGAACUCUCCGCUGCUAGGGGUAAAAUUCAAGAGAGGUUAGAGAAGCAUAAUGUUAUGACGGCAAUAUCUGAUGCUUUAAUAUCUUGUAAAUACAACUGUGUAGUCAUUGAACUACCGGAAAUUCGUCACUUUCUUUACAAAUCGCGUACUUCCGCCCAAUAUACUGAACCAGUUCCUGCAGCGUGUUACAGGGCGCCCGAGGAGAUGAAAAGACUUUUUUCGAUAUUUCUUUCAAUUCAAAACCGGUUUCACACGGCUAGUAGACCUGUGAAACUAUGCUACCGCGCCACUGCGCUAGAAUUGGUCUUGGGCUGGUCAACUCAAGCAUUCGAACUGUACGCUGUGUUUUCUCCAACCUAUAGUAAACUAUCUGUUCUCACUGCCGUCAAUAAGCUGUUGAGAUGGGUGAAGAAGGAGGAGGAGAAACUAUUCAUCCUUACGGCUCCGACCUUCUAAUAAAUUUCUAACCAAACUGUGAUAAAACUUAUCUCUGUGAUUUUUAGAUUUCUUUAGGCAGA